AUGCUACGAGCGCUGCCAAUGUGCUAAAAAUAGAAAGCUGUGGCAGCACCGCUUUAACUAUGUCGCAUCAAACAGGCAUCAAGGCCAACGAGCAAUUGGCGAAAGUAUUCGGCAAGGCCAAAAAUGGAAAAAUACGUGUGAUAAAAGUAUCAAUUGAAAAUGAACAGUUAAGCUGCAGCGCUACAGCUGAUGUGAAAAAGGAUUGGGAACGCGAUUAUGACAAAUUACUGGGACCGCUCUUCGAGGAGAAUGUGCCAUGUUAUCUGCUCUAUCGCCUGGACACCAAGAUUCCCCUGGGACACGGAUGGCUGCUCAUUAGCUGGACACCAGACACGGCGAGCAUACGCCAGAAGAUGGUCUAUGCCUCGACUAAGGCAACUCUGAAGACGGAAUUCGGCACCGCGUACAUCACAGAGGAGUUGCAUGCCACCACUAUGGAGGAGACGACACUGGAGGGUUAUAAGAAGCAUAAACGUGAAUUUGCGGCGCCUGCGCCGUUGACCACACGCGAGGAGGAGAUUCAGGAGCUGCGCAAGACCGAAGUGCGCACCGACAUCUCCACGGAUACGCGUCACCAGACGCUGGGAGGCGUCUCUUGCCCCUUGAGUGAUGCAACGCGUGCGGCAGUUGAGGAUUUGCUGCGUGGAAACUACGAUUAUUUGCAGUUUCGCAUUAGCUUGGAGGAGGAGCGCAUACAUGUAUCAAAUGCAGCCAAGGUGCCGCUGAGUGAGCUGCCCAAACAGGUGCCCGAGGAUCAUGCACGCUAUCAUCUGUUCUUGUUCAAGCACACGCACGAGGGCGAUUAUCUGGAGUCGUUUGUGUUCAUCUAUUCAAUGCCGGGGUACGCAUGCUCCGUCCGAGAGCGCAUGAUGUACUCCAGCUGCAAGGCUCCGUUCCUCGAUCAGCUGGCAGCACUUGGAGUGGAUGUCACGAAGAAGUUGGAAAUCGACAGUGGCAACGAACUCACCGAGGAGUUUCUGCAGGACGAGCUGCAUCCCAAAAAGAUAUUGCAUCGUCCAGCAUUUGCCAAGCCAAAAGGUCCGCCAAAUCGUGGCGCAAAACGCUUGACGCGCCCCACCAACGAUGACGAAGUCUAAAGUCUGAGCAACCCAACGAUGAGUGAAACUUCUAAAUUUUAACUACUAUUCAUUUACAAAAAGCAAAAGCAUUUAAUUUAUUAUACGCAAAAUCUAGUGCUCCAUUUUCAUGUCCUACUUUUCUAUAUCCUUCUUGUAUCCUUUAGUUGCACUAAGCAGAACAACUGAUGAAACGAAAGCAUAGCAAGCAAGCAGCCAACUUGGGGCUUCCUCAAUAUUGUACUCAAAUUGUCUAUAAUUACUUUCCGCAUGGACAUUAUUGCAAUUUAUUAUUUAAUUAAAAAUCAACUAAAUUUACAGUUUUUAAACUUAAA